AUGCUUCAACGUGAUUGGUACACACUUGCCAAUGGAACGCCAGCAUCUGCCAACCCAUCACAUCGCUCCUGGGUUACCCGUGAACUUCUGCUAACCAUGCCUGCUGUGCGUGGUGGUGGUAGUGGCGAUGAUGAUGAUGGUAGUUGUGAUGGUGGCUGUGUUGGUGGUGGUUGUGAUGAUGAUGAAGAUGGUGAUCAUGAUGAUGACGGUGGUAAUGGUGGCGGUGAUGAUGAUGAUGAUGGCAGUGUCGGUGGUGAUGGUGAUGAUGGUGGUGGUAGCGUUAGUAUUGGUGAUAGUGUUGGUGGUGGUAAUGAUGGUGGUGGCAGUGUUGGUGAUGACGAUAGUGUUGGUGGUUAUUGUGGUGAUGAUGAAGAUGGUGAUGAUGAUGGUGGCAGUGUUGGUGGUGGUGGUGGUAGUGCUAGUGGUGGCGAGUGUUGGUGGUGUGUUGGUGGUUAUUGUGGUGAUGAUGAAGAUGGUGAUGAUGAUGAUGGUGAUAGUGUUGGUGGUGGUGGCGGUAGUGCUGGUGGUGGCGAGUGUUGGUGGUGGUGA